AUGACUUCAGAAUCUAUUAUUGAUAAAGGGUCUUUGAUGAAGAUGUACUCUGUUACCGACAGAAAGAAGUAUUUAGAUACCCCCUUUGUUGUUCAAGUAAUCAAUUUAAAAUAUUAUGAUGAUGCUCUUCAUAGAGUUAGAGUUAUUAUGUAUGAUGGUACUUAUAAUUCUCAUGGAGUUAUUAGUCAAGCAGUAGCUUCAAAAUUAGAAGGUCAAGGAUUCAAGAAAGGUUCAGUUAUUAAAGUUUCAAAACAUCAUCCUAAAGACAGUCAAAAAUUCUUUAGUUAUUUAGAUGAUGUUGAUGUUGUAGAAGCUGAUUAUCCUAUUAAUAUCACCGAAACCAUGAAAGUUAGUGAUUAUUUUGCUAGUAAUCCAGAAAUGAAUUAUUAUCAACAUCAUCCUGAUGAAAGAACUUCUAAUGAUAGUACUAAUCAAAAUACUGAUCAAAAAUUUGCUUCUCCUGCACCUUCAAAUCCAGUUGCAACUAAACCUAAAUCAAAUGCUAAUUAUGGUAAUGUAGUUCCAAUUGAAUCAUUAUCACCAUAUCAAAAUUCUUGGACUAUUAAAGCUAGAGUUUCAUAUAAAGGGGAUUUAAAAACUUGGCAAAAUGCUAGAGGUUCAGGUAAAUUAUUUAAUAUUAAUUUACUUGAUGAAAGUGAUGAAAUUAGAGCUACUGCUUUUAAUGACGUAGCAGAAAAAUUACAUUCAAUGUUAGAAGAAGGUAAAGUUGUUUAUGUUAGUAAAGCUAGAAUUCAAGCUGCUAAACCACAAUUCUCAAGAUUAAGUCAUCCUUAUGAAUUAUCAUUAGAUCAAGAUACUAUAAUUGAAGAAUGUUUUGAUUCUGUUGAAGAAAUUCCUAAAUUACAAUUCAAUUUCACUAAAUUAGAUCAAAUUCAAAAAGCUGAAGCUGAUGCAAUUGUUGAUGUUAUUGGUGUUUUAAGAGAAGUUAAACCUGCUUUCCAAAUUACUUCUAAAAAAACUGGUAAACCUUUUGAUAGAAGAGAUAUUUCUAUUGUUGAUAACUCUAAUUUUUCUAUCACUGUUGGGUUAUGGAAUAAUACUGCUAUUGAUUUCAAUAUUGGUCAAGGUUCAGUAAUUGCCUUAAAAGGUUGUAAAAUUCAAGAUUUUGGUGGUAGAAGUUUAACUUUGACUCAAACAGGUUCAAUUUUACAAAAUCCUGAUACUCCUGAAGCUUAUCAAUUAAAAGGAUGGUAUGAUAAUCAAGGAUCCAAAGAAACUUUCCAAACAUUAAAAACCGAAGGAAAUAGUAAUAAUUAUAUUAAUUCAAGAAAAUCAAUUUUACAAGCUCAAGAUGAAAAUUUGGGUAUGAAUGAAAAACCUGAUUUUUUCAAUGUCAAAGCAACUAUUAAUUUCUUCAAAACUGAUACUUUCUGUUAUCCAGCUUGUAAUAAUCAAACUUCAAGUACUUCACAAGGUCAAAUGAAUACUUGUAAUAGGAAAAUCAUUGACCAAGGUAAUGGAACUUGGAGAUGUGAAAAAUGUGAUAUUGAAUAUGAACAACCUCAUUAUAGAUAUAUUUUGAAUUGUUCAAUUAUGGACGCUUCAGGUCAAUUAUGGACAACAUUAUUUGAUAAUGAAGCUACCAAAAUUUUCGGUCAACCUGCUAAUGAAUUAUACAGAUUAAGUAAUGAAGAUAAUGAUCAAUUCAAAUCUAUUGUUGAAAAUGCUACUAUGAAAGAGUAUGCUUUCAGAAUCAAAGCUAGAUCAGAAACUUAUAAUGGUAAUACUAGAAUUAGAUAUCAAACUUCCGCUAUUUUCGAUAUUGAUUUCAUCGCUGAAUCAGAAUUUUUAGCUAAAGAGUUGGAACAACUUUUAUAG